ACCAAAACCAAAAGAAAUCAGUCCUAGAUUUGGCUCCCCUCUUCUCCCCUUCUUCACCUAGCCGAUUUUUCCGUGCCUCAACGCAACGCCCUUUCUCCGUCUUCAGUGCAUCCCAAAAAGGUUCCACUGGACUGUGCUUUUUCCUCGUCGCAUCCGGUUUUGCCUUUGGUAGACUCCUUGACUUCCUGAACAGCUAUGAUUUACACAGCAAUUGACACAUUUUACCUAACGGAUGAGCAGCUUAUGAACUCACCUUCUCGUAGAGAUGGAAUAGAUGAAGCCACUGAGACUACCCUUCAAAUCUAUGGGUGUGAUCUUAUUCAAGAAAGCGGAAUUUUGUUGAAACUACCUCAAGCUGUUAUGGCCACAGGUCAAGUGCUGUUCCACCGUUUUUACGGCAAGAAGUCAUUUGCUCGCUUUAAUGUCAAGAGGGUUGCUGCAAGUUGUGUGUGGCUUGCCUCAAAACUUGAAGAAUGCCCUAGAAAAGCGAGGCAGGUACUCAUUGUUUUCCACAGGCUGGAAUGUCGGAGGGAGAACUUACCCAUAGAGCAUUUGGAUACUUCAUCAAAGAAAUAUCUUGAUCUGAGGGCAGAUUUGAUUCGUGCAGAAAGGCAUCUUCUGAAAGAAAUGGGUUUCAUCUGCCAUGUUGAACACCCUCAUAAAUUUAUAUCAAAUUAUAUUGCAACUCUUGAAAUGCCUGAUGAAUUGAGACAGGAAGCAUGGAAUCUUGCAAAUGACAGUUUGCGCACUACAUUGUGUGUUAGAUUUAAGAGUGAGGUUGUGGCCUGUGGAGUUGUAUAUGCUGCAGCCCGUAGAUUUCAAGUUCCACUGCCCGAGAAUCCUCCAUGGUGGAAAGCAUUUGAUGCAGACAAGGCCGGGAUCGAUGAAGUUUGCCGCGUUCUGGCCCAUCUUUACAAUCUUCCGAAGGCCCAAUAUAUUCCUGUAUGCAAGGAAGGCGGUUCAUUUUCAACAUCAAAUAGAUCAUUGGGUUCUCCCGCUCAGACAAUGUCUAAGGAAGUGCCCUCAAAUGGCCUGUCACGGAAUGAUGACAUCAGCAGUAGUCCAAAGGGGCCUUCUUCUUUUGCAGUGAUGGGUCAGGAAGUGGGUAAAGAUGUGGCAAAUAGGGCCCCUCAUGAUAAGACAAAGAGUGAGGAAGAAUCUAAAGGAAGCCCCUCAUGUGGCAAGAUGUGGCAAAUAGGGCCCCUUGUUUCGGAAGGAGAAACAAGGGAAGAACCUGUUUCCAAAUCAAUAACAACACGUAAAACAGAAGCCGGAGAAAAGGACAAGAACCAUGAUAGGGAUAAAGAAAGGGAGAGGAAGAAGGAAAGGUCAAAGUCAUGGGACCGUGACAGGGGAAGGGAAAGGGAGCGUGAAGAUAUGUCUGAAAGGGAAAGGGAUCGAGCCAAGGGGAGGAGCUAUCACUCAAGAGACAAAGGCCUCCCGGAGAAGUCAAAACGCCACUCUUCUGGAGAUCGGGACUACCAUAGUUCCUCUUAUUCAUCAAGGGACAAAGAGCGACGUAGAAAUCACUAAUGCAGAAUCAUGAACAUGAAGAUUAAUUGAUGGUGGUGGGAAAAACUUCUCAGAUUGUCCUUUUUCCGUUGUGCUGAAUGCUUGAUUUUGUAAUUGCACUCCCUCAUCUACAAAUGAGAAAAGCACUAUAUUUGCGUAUUUGGCAAAGGCGUCAGAGGUUUUUCUAAAGAGCAACAUACCUGGAUAUGACUAAAAACAUGGCGAUCUUUCUUGGAGAAAGUGGUGUGUUAUGUUUUAGCAUUAUCUAGGAAAACUGUUUCUCAAACAAGUGUAUAUAUUUCUUAAUACACUGCUCAUCGGUUUUGUGUUCUUGUAUCUUUUUUGCACUGAACUAAAGAUAUUCAUUUGUUAGACUUUGUGAAUUGUGAUGCCUCUAAAUGGGUAAAUACAAGAUUUGAUAAACAUGUGUUGCUAGCAAAAAAAC